CAGUGUGUCUUGAGCGGCAGCGACUAAAACGUGAGGUGCCUGUAGUAGGAUCUGCUUUCCUACGUGUCGCCUGUGGUAAUGUGUGUGCCCUGCUUCGUGCCGUGAAGAAUAUUGUGUUGCAGUGUUAGAAUGUUUUGUAUCUACUCGUAUCUGACUCUAGCGUUGUUUUGUAAAGCGAGUGCCCCCUUGUGGCUCUUGUGUUGUGUUACUAUUGUGUGGUGUUUUGCUUCUUGACGACUCUACGUGCUGCGUAACGAAGUACCUAUAGAAGUGUUAGUCAUUGUGAGUGAUCUUGUGUUGCAUCGUAUUUCAAGUAUUACGGCGUGGGUCAAGUGUCGCCAUCGUGUGAAUCUAGUGUUGUGACCCGUGCCUUGAGAUGGGCUUUGUGGUCCAAGUGUUGCGUCUUGAACCGAGUGUUGCCUGGAGAUCUCUGUUGUGGCACCAGUGUUGCUCCGUAAAAUGAGUGUUGCCAGGGGCUUCAAAAUUUGUGUUGUGUUGUGAUAGCAGUGAUGAUACCCGUGCAAGUCUAGGUUCAAUAAACCACAGCAUCGCCGCCUGCUGCCUCCCUGCCCCUCACACACUGUGCCUCCACGCAUCUCGCCCCCUCAUUCCCCUAACACCCUCCCCCUGGACAGAUGUGGGGCGCAGGUGUGCUGUUGGCCGGUCAGCGGAGCACGGACGAGCCAGGUGCCUCUGACCCGCCACCCAAGGCCAGCGACAAGGAAGGUGUCACAUUGUUCUCUGGGCGGCCACGCCUCGCGCCGCGGUGGUAUAUAAACUGGAACUGUGCAGACAGCUUCAGAUCACUCGUCUCCAACACGCAUCACCAUGAGCAAGGCUGUGUUCCUCGUGCUGUCAGUGCUGGUGGCCCUGGCCGCCGCCAUGCCUGCCCCUGAGCCUGAGCCAGAAGCCAAGGCAGAUCCCGGAUACCUGGGUUACGGUGGCUAUGGCGGCUAUGGAGGCUAUGGCGGCUAUGGUGGCUAUGGAGGCUACGGCGGUUAUGGUGGUUUUGGAGGUUUCGGUGGCUUCGGAGGUUAUGGAGGCUAUGGCGGAUAUGGCGGAUACGGCGGCUAUGGCGGACAUGGGUAUUACGGUUAAAUCGAGUGUCCAGCGGCGAAUUGUGGAAGAGAGGGUUCCCAUUCGACUUAAAAUUUGACGGUUAUCUUUCGGUGAAUGCUUUCACAAAUAAAUUUUUGAAAACUUAAAGAAAAA